GUAGGAAAGUGGUGAUUGGUGUGUGGAAAGUACAGUCUUAUAGACCGGAGUCAGAUAUAGAACCAACCAACCAACAUUCUGUUGUGUUUUGUUACAAUUUCGUGAGUUCAGCUGACUCUGAGCGUAAUUCUAACUAAUAUACAACCACUACUACUACAAUUUCGUGAGGAAACUUAGUUUCUAACAAAAGAAAUAAUAUUUUCUCGAAGGAAGAGAAUUAUUUCGUAAAUAGUAGCAGCAUGACGCGACACGCAAGGAAUUGUACUGCGGGUGCAGUUUAUACAUAUCACGAAAAGAAGAAAGAUGCAGCGGCAUCAGGUUAUGGUACCAAUACCCAACGCGUAGGCAAAGAUUCUGUUAAAGAUUUCGAUUGCUGCUGUUUAACGCUGCAACCUUGCAGGAAUCCAGUAGUAACGAAACAUGGGUACUUAUUCGAUAAAGAGGCAAUAUUGGAAUAUAUCCUGGCCAAAAAGAAGGAAUAUACAAGGAAACUAAAAGAGUUUGAAAAGCAGAAACAACAGGAAGAGGAACAAAGUGCUAAAGAUGAACUAAAGAAAUUGCAAGAUUAUCUCAGUGGUGGACAAAGUAUUGUCAAUCGUUCAGAUAGUUCCAGUACAAAGGAUAAAGCUUCAGUAUCUAAUAUGACAAAUGGCAGGGAUAAAGUGCUACCAAGCUUCUGGAUACCUUCUAAAACCCCAGAAGCUAAAGAAGCCACAUUACAAAAGCCUGAUAGCACAAUUUAUUGUCCUGUCAGUGGGAAUCCGUUGAAAAUGAAAGACUUGAUUCCUAUAAAAUUUACACAAGUUAGGGAUCCAGAUGACAACAGAUCACUUAUUGUCAAACAAGCACGAUAUAUGUGUCCUAUCACACAUGAUAUUUUAAGUAACAGUGUUCCGUGUGCUGUGAUAAAAACAAGUGGUGAUGUGGUUACUAUGGAAUGUGUAGAGAAGUUGAUAAAAAAGGAUUGGAUCAAUCCUCUGGACAAUUCCAAAUUAAAAGAAUCUGACAUUAUUCCUUUAGAAAGGGGAGGCACUGGUUAUGCAUCUGUCAAUGAUUCCUUGGAAGGUAAACACGAAAGACCAGUGUUGCAAGCAUGAAGAACUCGAGUGCGCCUCUUUAUUGUAUAUAUAGUUAAUAAAGUAUAGUUUACGUAUAAGUAAGAUUGAUCUGUAUGAUCUUACGUAAAGUAUAGUUUAAGUACAUAUUUAAUAAUUUAAUAAAGUAUAGUUAAGAAUUAACGU